CAGGGUUAAAUAGUCAGGCGCAUUCCUUCAGCACAUCUCUGUCCCGUCGGCCGGCUGCAGUGACCACCGCACAUCGCACCUCACCAAGGGCAAGCCAUCGAUACCAAGAUGCCGGAGCAACUACGUGAGACAAAGUCCAAAAUCUCAGCCUCCCGCAAGCUCAUGCUCAAGAGUCUGAUGGUGGCCAAGGCGAAGGAGGAACUUGAGCAGGAGAUCGUGGACAAAGAGGAAGAGAAGGAGAGAUACCUGGAGGAGAAGGCCCCACCCCUGCAGACGAGCGGCAUGUCCUUCGCUGAACUCCAGGAGCUCUGCCGGGAGCUACACGCUAAGAUCGACGCGGUGGACGAGGAGCGGUACGACAUCGAGGCCAAAGUCAUUCACAACACCAGAGAGAUCAAAGACCUGACCAUCAAGGUGGUGGACCUGCGGGGGAAGUUCAAGCGCCCCACCCUGAGGAGGGUGAGGGUGUCGGCCGACGCCAUCCUGCGGUCACUGCUGGGCUCCAAGCACAAGGUGUCCAUGGACCUCAGGGCUAACCUCAAAUCCGUCAAGAAGGAGGACACUGAGAAGAAGAGGCCAGUAGAGGACAGUGACUGGAGGAAGAACGUGGAGGCCAUGUCUGGAAUGGAGGGCAGGAAGAAGAUGUUUGACGCUGCAAAGGGUCCCACACAGUGAUGAGGAAGUGAUGAAAGAGGAAGCAGUGGAGACUCAAAAACACCAUUGUUAGCGUGUUCUCAACCGAUCAGUGAAGAUGUCUGCUUAGGGUGUCUUUUGCCUUAAUGUACUUAAUCCAUGUUAAAUUGACAAAAGAGAGUAACAGGUUUUUGUUCUUAAAUGUAUACUCAGUGUUUCCUCAGAUCUGCUGUGAUGGUAACUUUCAGACUGUGUUCUAUUCCAUAAGAUUUAACGUUGUAUCAAACCCUGCAAGGAUUCAAUACAAUCAAUUACUCCCUCAAGCUACAUGUGCUACAGAGUAAAAUUCAACUGAUGCUAUUAUAUUACUCUGCUAUUUAAACUAUAUAAUUCAUUUUAGCAUGUAAAGUACAUUUGUGAGCUCUGUGAUUAACUAUACAUUACAAAUGAUGUAUAAACCUUAUAUGAAUUAUACUGAAGUUCAGCAUUUAGAGUAUUUGCAUGCUGUAUAACUGGUAUGAAGCUGUAUGUUUUCCAAAUCAGGGGAUGUUAUGCUCAAAUUAAUAAACUGUUUUUUCUUUUAACAGUGAUUGAUAAUGAGGGUCGCAUUUCAAAAGGCAGUUACUAGAAACGUACCUCAAUGCAUCUCAGUGUUUAGCCAUUUGUUUUUUUUAACAACUUCUGUGUUGGUACACUGUUCAAUGCCUGUGUCUGUGCAUUCAUUCCCCAAUCAGAUAUAAGUAUUUGUUACAGGACUGCAGUUUAGCAAUUGAUUCCAUCUUGAACAUUCACAGAGUUAGAUGUCAUACCUACAUUGUCAUUUCAACAUGUUAAUCCAGUGUGCUGACUUCCUGUCCAAAUAAGGACAUGCAUUAAGACGUGAAAAGAUUUAUCAAUUGAGUCACCAUACGGGCCAUAAGGGUGCAUAUGGUGAUGCCUUUCAGAGUAUGGUUUAAACAGGAAAGCGCAAAGUACACACUCUAAAGAAUGCUUACUCUACCUGUCAGCAUUCUAUCAUACUGUACACAAUUUAUGGAUCACAAACCAUACAGGUUUUCAC